AUAGGAUAGCAGCGUUGAAUGGCGCAAAAUGCGUUGUCGAGUUACCUUGUUGUCACUGCUGUGAAUUCACCAGGCGAUUUAAGUUAAUAAUUGCGGUUAUUUACAAUCUGCGACUAUUUUGUUUGGCGGGUCUUUGCUGUCUCUUGUGACGGUUAGCAUUGCGACCAUUGUCAGAGAGUCCCGAAUGACCAGUGAUCUUAGGCCGGACUGAGUGUCCAACCAGGUAGCUAGCUAGCCGCUAGUCAACGUUCUUCAGAAACAAUGUCCAUUCUUCCUCAGAAUAAUUUGAAGGAGCAGCUGGCGAGACACAGCAACUCUACACAAAGUAGGCUGUCGCUGGCUAAACCUAAAACCGGGGCAUUUUGUUUUAAAAAGAAAUCUACGUCGGGCACAGGCAAGGUGGAAAUCCCGACGAAGGUAACCAGCCCAAAUGUUUUGGCAAACAGGAAUGUCAAUGUCCCUAAGAACAGUCUGGUGACUAAACCUGUUGUAACGUUUUCAAACAAGCCCGAGAGAGCUCAAAAGUCCAAAAUCAACAACUUCUUCUCUGUAAGUUCCAAGCUGGACAUCAGCUCGGACGGUGUCUGUGCUCCACCUGUCCAGGUUCCGUCUGUACCGCCACCCAACUACGACAAGCAGGUUAUAAGUAACAAUCAGAGCAUCUCCAAAAUCAUGGAUGCAUCGCUUGGCUUCCAGAUGGACGACUGGGAUGAUCUGGAUGAUUUUGAAACUCCCACCAAAGCAAACAAUGACUCAUUCAGUGACGAAAUUACCAAGACAACAACGAGCAUUAGGCCAGUUUUAGUCGAAGACGGAACUGAGUCCACAGGGGGGCAGUCUUGUCUGAAAGCAGAUAAUGCGCAAGUUACGCCUGUUCCAAGUCCACUUCCAGCAGAGUGUGAAGUGGAUGAUUCUCCAGUGAACACAACCAGAAGGCGUCAACCGGCUUAUCUAAAAUGUGUCGUUAGUGAUAGUGACGAGGACAAUGAUGAUGUCCCUGAGCCAUUUGAAGAACAACAAGAAGAAGAGACAGCCUCUAAGAAAAAAUGGACUGACCCAAAGUCAAUACAGAUUGAGGACAACUCGGAGCCUGAAGAUCACUUUGAAUACAUACCGCCAUCUCCAGUGCGAGCUGAGUGGUCUUACAGCAAAUCUCCUGUGGACUCCAUAUGCAAGCCAUCUUUUAAUGCUGAAAGUAGCAACAGUUCUUUGCAUUCUAAAGCCUCCAAUGUGACCCGUCAUGAAGCCCCUGAUCAACACUGUAAAGAUAAGACAAAUGAUGAGCUUUUUAGUAUCAUGGAGUCAAUUUGUGCUAUGGUGGAUUCCAUCCCUGAACAUGAGCUCAUCGCACUGUCCUGUGGCAAUGAGCUUCUGUUGAAGAGAGCUCAAAGGAAGAGGAUUCUUGUUACCGGUACUGAUGCCUUCGUGAGGACGCAACAGCCUGACAGCACUGUGAUUUCUGAUCCUGGCUUCAAAGAUAAAUCUUCCUCCUCCAGGGCGUCCUGCAGCUUUUUGCCUGCAGAGUCAAAGAGGGUUCCUCAGAUCAGGAGAUCAUCCGUCAUCUCUCUGGACUGUGACUCUGAUCACUCUGACCGUGUUAUCAAAGUAAAGCCAUCGGUUGGCAAGAACAGCCAGAAAUCAGUCGUGGAAAUUGACAGCUUCUGUGAUUCUCCGUCAAGCUCCAGCUUCACAAAAGCAUCUCAGAGUAUCCCUAGUAUCAAAAAGACCAACGUGGACAUGGAUUGUGAGGAUCUUUUCUUCACGCCCAAAAAGAAAAUGGAGACUACUGUGCAGAUUAAAUCCAAGCCACAGGAAAGUUUCACAGCUACAGAACGCAUGGAGCCUGAUGACUUUUACAUUGACGACUUUGACAUUGACGACUUGAAUGACUCUGAUAUUCCUGAUUACUAUGAUGAACCACAAAGUUCCUCGGCACCGCUGAACAGCUCCAGCACUGCACAAACAGCCAUAAAGAAAGGUGGGCCGAGCAAGUCCUCAUGGGAGAAGAAACCUGCAACGCCUGCUCCGGUUUCCAACCCAGCAAAAAUAUGCUCUCCUGAACCCACCUUCCGAAACCCUGCACAUGAUCGUUUCCGAGGUUUCAACUUCUCCCACUCACAGGAGAUGAUGAAGAUUUUCCACAAGCGCUUUGGUCUCCAUCAGUUCAGGUUCAACCAACUCGAAGCCAUCAACGCCACGCUCCUUGGGGAAGACGAGUUUGUACUGAUGCCCACAGGUGGCGGUAAAAGUCUGUGCUACCAGUUGCCUGCCUGCCUGUCGCCAGGAGUCACUGUGGUCAUCUCACCACUAAAAUCACUCAUUGUGGAUCAGGUCCAGAAACUCACUACUCUGGAUAUCCCAGCGACGAGCCUGUCGGGUGAUAAAAGUGACAGUGAAGCAGGCAGGAUCUACAUGCAGCUCUCCAGGAAAGAACCCAUCAUUAAACUCCUUUAUGUCACACCUGAGAAGGUCAGUGCCAGCAACAGGUUGAUCUCUGCCCUGCAGAACCUGUACGAGCGAGGCCUUCUGGCACGCUUUGUCAUCGACGAAGCUCACUGCGUCAGUCAGUGGGGCCAUGAUUUCCGCCCAGAUUACAAGAGGUUGAAUGAACUCCGUCAGAAGUUCCCCAAAGUGCCCAUGAUGGCCCUGACGGCCACCGCCACACCCCGCGUGCAGAAGGACAUCUUAAACCAACUCAACAUGACUCGCCCUCAGGUCUUCACCAUGAGCUUUAACAGAGCAAACCUCAAGUACUCUGUGCUGCCCAAGAAACCCAAAAAGGUGGAUGAGGACUGCAUCAAUUGGAUCAAGAAGCACUACCCACGUGAUUCGGGCAUUGUGUACUGCCUGUCCCGUAACGACUGUGACGCCAUGGCCGAGAGUUUGCAACGAGCCGGGCUGUUAGCGCUGUCCUAUCAUGCAGGCCUGAGCGACGGCGACAGAGAAUACGUGCAGAGCAAGUGGAUCAACCAAGACGGCUGCCAGGUCAUCUGCGCCACUAUCGCUUUUGGCAUGGGCAUUGACAAGCCCGACGUGCGCUACGUGAUCCACGCCAGUCUUCCUAAAUCAGUGGAGGGCUACUAUCAAGAGUCUGGAAGGGCCGGCAGGGACGGAGACAUCUCUCACUGCAUUCUCUUCUACACCUAUGCCGACGUGCACCGCAUCAAGAGGAUGCUCAGCAUGGACAAAGAAGGUGACAGAAACACAAAGGCCACACACUUCAACAACCUGCACAGCAUGGUGCAUUUCUGUGAGAACAUGAUGGAGUGCAGAAGGAUUCAGCUGCUGGCCUACUUCGGAGAGAUGAAAUUUAACAGGAGCUUCUGCAAGGACCACCCUGAUGUCAGCUGUGACAACUGCGCCAGGCCCUCUCAAUACAAGAUGAGGAACGUCACUGAGGAGGUGAAGAUGAUUGUGAGGUUCGUACAGGAGAACUGUGAGAAAGUGGGAGCGAGGUUUGGACGGACACCUCAACAGAACCGCCUGACACUCAACAUGCUGGUAGACAUUUUCGUAGGUUCUAAAUCUGCAAAGAUUCAGACGGGUAUGUUUGGAAUGGGAGGAGCUUAUUCCAAGCACAAUGCCGACCGCCUGUUUAAAAAGCUAGUGCUGGACAAUUACCUGAUGGAGGACCUUUACAUCACCAACAAUGGCCAAGCAGUGGCUUAUGUCUCAGCUGGACCCAAAGCCUUAAACGUCCUGUCUGGACACGUGCAGGUGGACUUCUAUGAGACGGAGAGCGCCUCCAGUGCCAGGAAGAACAGAGCCAUUGUGGCCAAGAACGUGUCGCAGAGAGACCAGAUGGUUCAGGAGUGUCUCAAGGAGUUGAUAGACCUGUGCAAGCAACUGGGGAAAGCCUUUGGAAUUCACUACUUCAACAUCUUCUCCACUGCUACCUUGAAAAAGAUCUCUGAGAGGCUGUCCUCCAACCCCGAAGUGCUCCUACAAAUUGAUGGUGUGACUGAGGACAAACUGGAGAAGUACGGUGCGGAGGUGAUCCAGGUCCUGCAGAAGUACUCCCAGUGGGAGCAUCCUGCUGAACAGCAGCCUGAAGACAAAGGCUGGAUCGACACGACACGAGGUCGCUCUGCUGUCGACUACGAGGAUGAAGAGGAAGACGACUCCUCCUCCACCUACUUCCGAAACCAGAGCGCACAGGGGCAGAAGAGGAAGAAAACUCCUUUUUUCAAGUACUCGAAGAAGAGAAAAGGAUACGGCGGCUCAAACUACAACUCUAAAGGAGGCUAUAGCAACAAUAAGACAUGGUCCUCCUCCAAAGGGGGAUCCAAAGCUCAAUCCACCGGGCGGGGGUACAGAGGUGCGUCGGGUGACUCGGCAUCAGGCAGGAGGCCGGGUUUCUUAGCGUUGCCGACCCCUCAAAACAACCAACGACCUUUCUUAAAGCCGGCCUCUUCACACAUGGUCUGAAUAGUUUGCUGUCAUGGCACAAGUUUACAGAGGACUACUGGUGAGAGAGAAGGUCAGCUAAGGAACAAACAGGUGGAUCAACAACUGCGUUUGGCACAGGUAUAUACAAAUUGUAUAACGGAACAUGACUUCAUCUCAUCAUCCCAGGAGAGAGAACAUAGUACGCCACCUUUUUCCUCAACGUGCACGCUCUUUGAGGAGGGGGUUUACACAUAUUCAAUCACGGGGGGGACCAGGAUGCUUUUUUUUUUUUUUUUUUUUUUUUUUUUUUUUGGGACGUUUAAACCUCUAAAAUGUGCUUUUUUUGUCACUAAAAGGGACUGUCACAUUUUAGAGGAAACCAAAUAACAAGAACACCGCUCUUAAAAUAAUUUGAAACAAAAAAAACAAAACAGUUUCCAGACUCAAUAAAACAAGGUAGUUUAUACAUCACAUUGUACAAGAUGUCUGUUUUAAGUCCAUUCCAAACACAUUGAACCCACUUCUACCUUUCUGUGCGUUUUCAAAUUGAACAGCUACAUUUGAAAAAAGAACAUGACUAAAGCCAAUGUAUGGCGAAAAUAAAGUCAUGAUAUGCAACAUUUAAGACUGUUUAAUACCAUCAGUAGUCUUAUUCAUCCAUCUUUGCCACAAUAGAUCCAAUUGUGAGGGACAACAAAAAAAACAAAACAAAAAAAUUAAACACGGUUAUAAUUCUAUCAUGGCUCACUUUUUUUUUUGUUUUUGCUUUAUUAUUUCACCCAUUAUUGCUUCGUGAAUAGUGCCUUUCUUUUAAUAUCUAAAGUUGCCUGUCUUGAGACGCUACAUCAUUAGAACGCUGAUAGACAACCAACCCCUCAAUUCACUUCAUUAGGACAAAUAUGCAAGGAGUAGAUCCAAUGGCAACUUCACUCGUUAGGUAGCUUUAUGCAAAACGGGGACAUAAAGGGAUUUGUUUUUCCAGUUCCAACAUAGAAACAGACUAACAUUACACUUAGUACAGGUGGGUGGUGAUUUUGUGUUAAGUUAUUGCUCCCCCUAGCUGUCAAAGUAGAGGGAGGUCAAACUAGACUAAACAACCUCCAAAGUCAGACGUGGACCAAAAAAUGUCAUGUUUUUUGUUCAUUAUAUUGAUGUCUUAUAAUGAUAUAUUUGGGUUUUAAACUCUUUUAUAUUUAAUUUACCACAUUUGAAGGUUCUCCCAGUGGAGCCGCAGUUUUUCAUUUUUGUUUGAGAUAAUACUAUCAUAUUUUAACUUUCGUUAAUUCAUUUUUUCCCCAAAUUUUUAUUUGUUGAAAAACAAAUAUUUAAAUGACAAUUGUUUACAUGAGUCAUUUUUAUAUUUGCCAAUACUUUUUCAUUUGUAUUUUUUUUAUGUAAUUUACAUUCCCAUUAAUUAUAUUUGUUGUUUUUAACAUCUGCUCAAUUAAGUGGAGUUAUUUCAAAGAAUUCAUAUCUGCCAAUAAGUUCAUGAACAGUUUCAAAAAUAAAUGUACUUAAGUCAUUCAUUUUUACCAAAUAUCAAAAUUUGUGUAUAAUUUUUUUUAAAGAGAUUUCAAGUAGAUGGCUAUUUUUUUUAUUUCAUUGAUUUUUUAAAAUACAUUUUAAAUCAAACAUGAGUAUUAGACCACCAUAUGUUCUUGUUAACUAUUUGGGGUUGCAUUGUGACUGAAGGGGUACACAACAGCCUUCUAAUCUCCAUGAAUGCUUCCGUCCUCUACUUGAACCAGUGCGCUACAAAAAGUAUAAUUUCUCGUCUUCAAUAACAAAAUAAUAUUUGCCUCCUGUUAAAAUAUACAUAUAGGAGCUGUCAAUAUAUUAGGAAACCAACUUAUUUUGUACAACAAAAGUACAUCUUAUCGUCUAAUAGUAUAAUACAAUAAACCUAAACCUUGAUUUUUUUUUUUGUUAAAACAAAAUAAAUCUUCAUAGUAAGAAAUAAUUGAAAUUCAUUGAAUCUCAAGGUCAUGAAAAAUGAUGCAAAUGAAUAGAAUUAAUAAAACACAUUCACGUUAUGAGCAUUGCACAUCUAUCUAGGAUAUUAGCUACUCAUUCCUCUGCUAUACGUGUGGCCUCACCAUACAUCAGUAUAGAUAUACAGUAUGUUUUACAAGCGCGCAUCAUGGGCUUGAAUGUCUUAUCCAUUUUGAAUCAUUCAUGGUUUGAGUCGUUCCCUUUCAAGGGUGGAAUGAUUAUACAACAUAAAUCUUCAAGGAUUUUUAACAACAACAACUGAGGGCAAUAUUUUUCAUUUAUUUUGCAUUUUCUCCCACUUCAACAGCGUCCGAAUUAUGCAUACAGUACAUACAGUCACCUUAAGUGGGGCUGAAGGCUCCAGAAUGUUGAGCUUGGCCUUAUCGAGUUAAGACAUUCUUCAACCUUCAGCACCAGUUACUGAAAACAGUAGGUGAUUGUAUGUACAUAGAGCACGGGGUCUCCAACUCGUGGCCCGUGGGCCAUUUGCGGCCCACCGAGUCACAUUUUGCGGCCUGCUACUUGUCUUCAAAGAUGUAAUACGGCCUGCGCCAAGCCAAUGUUACUCAUAGGAUGCACACAUCAGCCUACACUGAGCUAUAAGUGAGUCGCUUAAAAAUGUGGUAAAAAAAAAUUCCACCCAUUUUCUAUACCGCUGGUCUUCAUUGAGGUCACGGGUAAGCUGGAGCCUAUCCCAGCUGCAAGCAGCAAAAUAUAAACUGCAAAAUUAUUUAUUUGAUUCACCCUAUUACUGUAUCAAGAUAUUAUUGUUAUUGUGAGGCAUGUAUCGCGUGUCGUAUCGUGAGGUACCCCGAGAUUCCCAGCCCUACUCCCAAUACUUGAUGCAGCUCACUCAGACUCUACCUCCAGCGGGCCCCCAGGUAAAUUGUGUUUGAGGCCUCUGAUAUAGAGUAUUUAAGCCUCGAUAUAUAACUCUGAACCAGUGUAAAUUAGACAAAAAUUGUUUUUAAAAGUAAUGUUGUAUAAUCAUUGCACUCUGUAAAAAGAACAGUUCAAGUAAAUCAUUAAGAGCGCAUAAUUAAUAAGCCAUUGGAGCCUGUGAUUUAUUAUUUUAGGUGACUGUAUGGGUAUAUUUGUGCCUGUAUUUACAUUUUUUGUCCAUGUGUAAAUAAAAAAAAAAAAGGUUAAACAUUCUUUGUUUUAGAAAUCAUACUCACUGCACCCUGUUAAAAGAACAGUUCAAAUAAAUUAUUUAUUAUUUAGGUGACUGUAUAUAUUUGAGCAUUUAUUUAUACUUCUGGCCCCGUGUAAAUUAGAGAAAAUCUAAAAUAACAUUUGAAAAGAUUUCUUGAUUUCAAAAAUCUUUUUUUUUUUAAUGAAUAAGACAUUAAGAUUCAUUAUUUCGCUAACUAUAUGUAGCCUGUAGAGCCUGUGUAAAUUAGACAAAAUACUGUAAACUUUAAAAAAAUAAAGUUUUUUUAAAUCAUGUAUAAUCAUUGCACCCUGUAAAAAGAACGGUUCAAAUAAAUGACUGAGCCCAAAAUGAAUGUGACAUCCAUAUUGAUGAUGAGUGUAUGUAAACUUUUGACCUUAACGCUCAAGUGUGUCCUCUUACAAGCAAUCAUCCAAACCAGUCUUCUAAAAAUAUAAAUACAGGUAAAUAAAAAGGCAUUUAUCUCUUUUGUAACAACCUUCAUUGACUUUCUAUGACUCGAUAUCAUCAGACCUCACAUCUCACUUCUAUUCUGCCCAUCCUGGAUUGCAGUGUUUUUCUUUUACAAAUCAAAAAAUAACACAUGAAGGCAAUGCUCAUUCCUCUCAGUAAAAAUGCGAAAAGGAGGGGAAAAAAGAUGAUUUGUUUAAAAAAAAAGAUAAGAAACUGAGGUGGGAGGUGGUGUUGAACUGAAAGUGGGACAGGGAGGAGAGAGAACCUGGUCGCCAAGGUGGUCCAAGCAGCAGGAGGGCGACGAGUCACGUGAUGUUUUUUUAAACCACCUCUCACUUGUUAACGAGCAACCCGCCCACCCAGCGGAGCUUGCAGGCAAACCACCGCCUGAGGGGACAAAAGUAUUCAUAAUGGAACUGCUCGAAUUCGGGAGUCCGCCGGAUGUCGCGUAAAAAAGCCACGUCAAGGUCGGACUCGGUGAGGACGAUGAGGAGGAGGAGCAAGACAAAGAGGAGCCCGACGGUGACGAGGAGCAAACGGAGGACACUUAAGACGAACUUAUUCACCUGUUCCACCUCGCCGAGGGCUCCCCUGGCGGCCCCCUCUCGAGCGUCAAAAUCUCCCCCUUCCCCGUGCGUGGGGGUCCCCGCCUCCGACUCCUUCUCCUCCUCGAUGCUGCAGGGCGCCCCGUUGAUGAGUUGACGUGAGCUGGUCAGCUCCCCUGUGCCGUGCUCGGUCACCGGAGUGGGCAGGACGCUGUCCAAGGGGCUGUACGCCUCGUCGGAGAUCACCGCCGUUCCCUCGCUGGCGUCCGUGGCCUGGCUGCGGGAGCGGGGGAUGAACGCCUCGCCGUGGGACACGGAACGCACCGGGGUGGAGUGGGCGCUGUCACGUAGCGACUCCAGACCUGGUUUGGAAUAAAUGUCUGUUAUUUUUGUGAUUGAGGCAGGAACACAAUAGAAACAUUUGACUUUCCAGCAGUCUGGGUGCCCUCUGUGGCACAUUACUGACAGCAUGACUGACUGCAGCUGAUAGUGUCUCUUUAGUGUCUCAUAAAAGGAGGAGUUGAUAACUACCAAAAACUUGCCAAAAAUGGCAUCUCUGGCCUCACUUUUAGUAACAUGAAUGGUGGGAUGCGUUGCAGCGAUAAACGAGGGAACACUGUGCUUAGACAAAUUUUUUAUUAUUAUUAUUUAUUUUUUUAUUUUUAUUUUUUUUACUCAAACUGAGCUGACUAAAACUUUGAGUUUUUGUAGACAAACAUUUUAAGUUUUCAUCAACUGAAAUUGGACUAAAAUGAUCACAUACAGAACUGACUAAAAUGUCACUAAAACAAGAAGCAUUUUCAUCCAAAAGAGUAAAAAUAAAAUGCCAAAAACAACACUGCUUUUAAGUGACAGUCUCCAGGUAAAAAAAAAAAAA